GUGUGUUAGGGUAGUUAAGAGCGAGAAGAAACAUUGAGGAGCUAUUUGACGGAGAUUUUUCAGACACAUAAACUGUUUACAAGAAAUCUUUGAAAAAUUAUCAAAAAGGAUAAAGUGGGUUGCUCUUAAUAUAGGUUUAAGGUCUUGAUCUAAAGAUUCUUCUCCAGAUCUCAGAAAUGGGUUCCCUGGCGGGGUUGGAUAAGCCGGAUACUGUUGCUGCUGGACACAAAAAGGAGAAAAGCAAACGAGAUUCUGUGUCAAAAAGGAAGGCACCUGCAACUGACAAGAAGGAAAAGAAACAGCCUGUUUCUGAAGCUAUUGAGGAGCCCACUGCUGCACGCAAAAGGCCCAAGCGAGCUGCUGCUUGUUCAAAUUUUAAAGAGAAAAAUGUUCAUUUAUCAAAAAAUUCUGCAGUCAUUGAAACAAAGAAGGACCAAUGCGUAGAGGAAGAGGUUUUGGCUAUUCGGUUAACUGCGGGUCUACAGGAUUCUCAGCGACCCUGUAGAAGACUAACAGAUUUUAUCUUUCAUAAUUUGGAAGGAAUACCACAACCUUUUGAAAUGUCUGAAGUUGAUGAUCUGUUUAUUACUGGUCUCAUUUUACCACUUGAGGACAAUAAUGACAAAGAAAAAGCAAAAGGAAUUAGAUGUGAAGGCUUUGGGCGUAUUGAAGAAUGGGCUAUCUCUGGCUAUGAAGAUGGAACUCCUAUCAUAUGGAUCUCAACAGAGACAGCUGAUUAUGAUUGUAAAAAACCCUCAGGUGGCUAUAAGAAGUUUUAUGACCACUUCUUGGCCAAGGCAACAGCUUGCAUUGAGGUUUACAAAAAGCUGUCGAAAUCUUCUGGAGGAAAUCCUGAUUUAAGCCUUGAUGAGUUGCUUGCAGGGGUUGUCCGAGCAAUGAGUGGUUUAAAAUGCUUUUCAGGUGGUGUAUCAAUCAGGGACUUUCUCAUUUCUCAGGGAGAGUUUGUCUAUAAGCAACUUAUUGGUCUGGAUGAUACAUCAAAGAAGACUGAUCAGCUUUUUGUUGAGUUACCUGUCCUGGCUUCCCUUAGAGAUGAAAGUAGCAAGCAGGAAAUGCUUUCACAACCAGAGCCUUUAUCAUUUGGUAAGACUCUAACUAUAGGUCCAAAAGUAGGCAAAGGAGAAGGCAAGAGAGAUCAAUCUGAUUUAAUCACUGGUCCAGAACAAGAAGAGGAAGAUCUGAAAUUGGCCAAACUGUUACAUGAACAGGAGUACUGGCGCUCCUUGAACCAGAAGAAAAGCCGUAGUACAACUUCCACAUCUAGCAAAUUUUACAUCAAGAUCAAUGAGGAUGAGAUUGCAAGUGAUUAUCCUUUACCUGCAUAUUACAAGACACCUAAUGAAGAGACCGAUGAGUAUAUCGUCUUUGACAGUGGGGUUGAUACAUACUAUAUUGAUGACUUGCCUCGCAGUAUGCUUCAUAAUUGGGCAUUGUACAACUCAGACUCAAGACUAAUUUCUUUAGAGCUCCUGCCUAUGAAACCAUGUGCUGAUAUUGAUGUAACCAUAUUUGGGUCUGGAGUGAUGACUGCUGACGAUGGAUCUGGAUACAAUGUUGACACUGAUGCUAAUAAUUCCUCUUCAGGUGGUUCUGGAUCAGUUGAGAUUGAUGGAAUGCCAAUUUAUUUGAGUGCAAUAAAAGAAUGGAUGAUUGAGUUUGGGUCCUCGAUGAUCUUUAUAUCUAUUCGGACUGAUAUGGCCUGGUAUAGGCUUGGGAAGCCAUCGAAACAGUAUGCUCCUUGGUAUGAACCAGUCCUAAAGACCGCGAAGCUGGCAGUGAGCAUUAUUACUUUGUUAAAGGAACAGAGUCGUUGUGCUAGACUUUCUUUUGGAGAUGUCAUUAAAAGGGUUUCAGAGUUCAAGAAAAACCAUCCUGCUUAUAUAUCAUCUAAUACAGAUGUGGUGGAAAGAUAUGUGGUUGUACAUGGACAGAUUAUUCUGCAGCAGUUUUCAGAAUUUCCUGAUGAAAGCAUUAGGAAGUGUGCAUUUGUGAUUGGUCUCUCAAGGAAAAUGGAGGAGAGGCACCAUACAAAAUGGUUGAUUAAGAAGAAGAAGAUUGUGCAGAGACAUGAACAGAACUUAAAUCCUAGAGCAUCUAUGGCGCCAUCUGUAAAAAGGAAAGCUAUGCAGGCUACUACAACAAGGCUAAUCAACAGAAUCUGGGGGGAGUACUAUUCCAAUUACUCACCUGAGGCGUCAAAGGAGGUUGUUGCUUGUGAGGUGAAGGAUGAUGAAGAAGCAGAUGAGCAGGAGGAAAAUGACGAGGAUGAUGCUCAAGAGGAGAACUUGGAAGUUUCAGAGAAAACUCAUACACCUUGCUCUACAAGAAGGCAUAUUAAGUCACGUUCUGACAGCAAAGAAAUAAACUGGGAUGGGGAAUCCAUAGGUAAAACAGCGUCUGGUGAACUGUUGUUUAAAAAGGCUAGAAUUCAUGGAAAUGAGAUUGCUGCUGGAGAUUCAGUUCUGGUGGAACAUGAUGAACCAGAUGAACUUCCUUCUAUUUACUUUGUCGAAUACAUGUUUGAAAAAUUGGAUGGUAGCAAAAUGCUCCAUGGAAGAAUGAUGCAACGAGGAUCUGAAACUGUACUUGGAAAUGCAGCUAAUGAAAGAGAGGUAUUUUUGAUCAAUGAAUGCAUGGAUUUGCAACUAGGAGAUAUCAAAGAAAGUGCAGUUGUCAGUAUCAGGAUGAUGCCAUGGGGACAUCAGCAUAGAAAAGCGAAUGCUUAUGUUGAUAAACUUGAUAGAGCAAAAGCAGAAGACAGAAAGAGGAAGGGAUUGCCAUCCGAAUUUUAUUGCAAAAGCUUUUAUCAGCCUGACAGAGGUGCUUUCUUCAGACUUCCGUUUGAUAAGAUGGGUCUUGGUAAUGGCUUAUGUUACUCCUGUGAGUUGCAGCGAAUUGAUCAGGAAAAGGAAUCUUUUAAGUUGGAUAUGUCCAACUCCAGUUUUGUAUAUCUGGGGACUGAGUAUUCAAUUGAUGACUUUGUUUAUAUACACCCUGAUCACUUUGCUGUAGAAAGAGGGGGAAGUGGAACUUUCAAAGCUGGGAGAAAUGUGGGGUUGAUGGCCUAUGUAGUAUGUCAACUACUAGAGAUUUUUGGUCCCAAGGGAUCUAAACAAGCUAAAGUAGAUUCUACCAACGUCAAAGUCAGGAGAUUCUUCAGACCAGAGGACAUUUCUUCAGAUAAGGCAUACUCUUCUGAUAUUCGGGAGAUCUACUAUAGUGAGGAGAUACAUACAGUUCCGGUAGAAACAAUUGAAGGUAAAUGUGAAGUGAGGAAGAAGUAUGAUAUUCCGUCUGAAGAUGUCCCUGCCACCUUUGACCAUGUUUUCUUUUGUGAAUAUUUGUAUGAUCCAUUGAAUGGAUCCCUCAAACAGUUACCAGCUCAGGUAAAGCUGAGAUUCUCAAGAGUUAAACUAGAUGAUGCUGCAUCUAGGAAGAGAAAGGGAAAAGGCAAGGAAGGAGAGGAUGAACUGAGAGUUGGGCAACUAAAUGUAGCUUCUCAACAGAAUCGUUUGGCCACACUAGAUAUCUUUGCUGGUUGUGGUGGCCUGUCUGAGGGGUUGCAGCGUUCGGGUGUCUCAGAUACAAAAUGGGCAAUUGAAUAUGAAGAGCCUGCUGGAGAUGCGUUUAAACUUAAUCAUCCAGAGGCAAAGGUGUUCAUACAGAAUUGCAAUGUGAUUCUGAGGGCUGUCAUGCAAAAGUGUGGAGAUGCUGAAGACUGUAUCUCAACCUCAGAGGCUUCUGAAUUAGCUGCAGCAAUGGAUGAGAACGAACUGAAUAGUUUGCCACUGCCAGGACAAGUGGACUUCAUAAAUGGAGGCCCUCCUUGUCAGGGGUUUUCUGGAAUGAAUAGAUUUAAUCAGAGCACCUGGAGUAAAGU